UUGCCGAGUCGAGGAUCAAUGCUGGUGUGUAGAUGAUUUUAGCAACGAUACUAUUAAGCUCUCCGUAGUCGGAUAGUGUUAACACAUCAUUGGAAUAUCGGACAUUCGUUAUACACGGACAGUGUCAUCAGUAAACAAUGAUUAUGGACGGUUUGGACACACUGUCACAGGUAGCCCUAGCAGACCAAAUGAGUCUAGCAAACCUGUGUUUUGACACUUCAGCGUUUGGGGGGAGUCGUCUUCCCUCGGAAUCAUUCGAUGAUUGUCUCAAUACACCUGUUACAAGUAACUCGGAUGUAACAUUCUUUGGAUGUGAUCCAUUGGGCCCUGUACCCAUCACAGCUACCGCUAACAUCGAAGCCCAGAUCACCAUACCGGAGAAGGAUGGCAUUUUUGCUAAGAAUCAGAUUCCAGUACAGCAGGAUGACCAAGCAAAUUUCUCUAGUAAUCUCACCCACCGGAUACAAUACAAGGGUACUCUGGUCACCACAUCCGUCACACCUACAUCUAGCAGUAGUGACGCCCUACCCCAGGGGAUUACUCCUAGCAUCUUCACGCCCCUCUCUCCUCUCUUCAGUAUUCUGACGCAGGCUACACAAGGAAUACAAGCCCAGGUAGCGACCGGAGUCCCACAGGGAAUGGGAGCCGGUCAAGAUUACCCCAUCAUCUCUAAUGCUCAAUGCCACCAGGGCCCACCACCAUCGUUUAGCCCGACCCCCUCAACUCCUUCCCACCACUCACACGCCGGGUCUCCAACACCCGCCGACCUGAUGAUGGAUCAAACUGACACAUACUCGACAGGUUUCGGAUCCCCAGUUAGCUCCACUGAGAGUUCACCCGAAACACACAUUUGCGAAACGCUAUCUGCCGUUGAUACGUCCAGUCUGAACUUUUCAACACCACCACCGCCUUACUCAUCUCGCCCGGCGAUGACGUCAUAUGACAAUAUACCAAUGAAACAGCAGCCUGUAUUUAACUCUUGUGCACAGCAGCAACUCAACUACCCUGUGUCUACAACAAUGUCUGCAAAUGCCACUCAAAGCAUACCACAGACCGUACUGCAUUUUACAGAGGACCUCAAUUCAAAAGACAUUAACAUGAAUGCCGAAUUCAAAUGGACAGUUCAAAAUUCUCCCCAGCAACAACAACAACAACAGCAACAACAACAGCAGCAACAACAACCACAACAAAUAAACACAAAUCAGCCACAGACUCAAUUGCCUGACUUUUCUGCUCUUGGUCAAGUAUCUUCACAUGGUGUAACCGGCUUCACACAAGCUGGGUUCCAACAAGUACCCAUAAAAUCGGAGCCAUUAUCAGACUUGCCAAGUGACUUUAUGAUGACAACUUCACAAACAGACUUUGCUUCUCCUUCAACUUCAGUUUCCCCGACCCCAUCUUUACCGGCUGUGCUCAACACGCCUUAUCAACAGGGUUCAUUGAAGUUGAUUCCAUUGAAGCCAAGAAAAUACCCCAAUCGGCCUAGUAAAACUCCUCCCCAUGAGAGGCCAUAUGCUUGCCCAGUCGAGAACUGUGACAGGAGGUUCUCACGAAGCGACGAACUUACGCGUCACAUACGCAUUCACACUGGACAGAAGCCUUUUCACUGCCGGAUAUGCAUGCGAUCGUUCAGUCGAAGUGACCAUUUGACUACACACGUACGCACGCAUACCGGAGAAAAGCCUUUUUCAUGCGAUGUUUGUGGACGCAAGUUUGCGAGAAGUGACGAAAAGAAACGUCACGCUAAAGUGCAUUUGAAACAAAAGAUGAAGAAAGAAGCAAAAAUUAUAGCGACAACCUCAUCUCUUCCAACAUCUUCUGGUGCUAUGACGGAAGGUCUCGUAUCGAACUGUACUAGCGGGCCUAGUACGUCACUUCCGCUCAUAGUGACAACAUCCUCGUUAUAAACAAUUUAAAAGCGAGGCAGUUGACAUUUUGUGAUCCAAAGACUUACAAACAUUCAUUCAUCAUUUCAUUCAUUCAAACAAGCUACGAAACACGUGGAAUAUACAUGUUCCAAAGAGACGAACAAUAUUAAUAUAACUCAGAUGUCUUAUGCUCAAUUAGAGAGUUUAUCUUUAAAUCAGUUUAUUAUUGUGUGUUGAUCGGUAUCAGGGAAUCCGGUGAAAAUUGUUAUAUAGAUCAAAUGCUUUAAUAUCAUUGUCUUUCCUUGGUCCGAUUUGCGGUAUGUACAGAAUAUGUAUUGAGUAGAUAUAUAGAGUAUAUAUCUAUGUGAUGAUACACUAUGGGUGUAAGACUGCAAAAGUGUACGACCAAUCAAGGUUUUCUUAAGAUUUUUCAGGCAUUACUAUUCGAUUACAAAUGUAGACGUAGCUGUCGAUUUCGAUAAAGACGUCUUUCGCAAAAAAUGGCAAAAAAAUCUAACAAAAUGUCUAGUCCUGGCCGUGACUUUUCUUGGUGCUAGAUCCAUAUUGUGCAAUGAUCAGCGUUAUAUAUGUAGAUUGCUUUAAAGUCAAUUGUUUCAGUUGCUAAUUAUUAACAGUUUAAAAUUUUAAUUAUAAUGUUAAAUAUUUCUUAAUUAUAACAAUUAAGAGAAAAAAUAUGAAGUUUCCUUUCUUGUUGUUGUUUAAAUAUUGUUAUUGAUUUUUAAUCAUUCACUUUCCAUUCGAACAAUGUUCGUUGCAUUCAUCGUCUCAUGAAUCAGUCACAGUAUAUCAUUUGUUUCAUCUAAUUUGAGUUUGUCACUGGCAGCAGUUUGUUUUUGUCAUUUAGUGCUUGAUGUAUGUUACUUUAAUAUGAUGUUAGAUCUGAAAUAUUCCCUAAAGCUUACAAUGAAAAUUUCAUUUUACCUUCCCGCUGAGAGCGAACUCACACGUUAUAUAUCUCUAUGUGCCCCUUAUACUUUAAAAGAUGAAGAGGCAAGAGGAUUCCGAAUGGCUAAACCCCAGGCAAUAUAAAGGGGAUUUCCGGAUGUAUGUGAUUCUGAAAGUGCUUAUUUGAAAGAAAAAUUAUUAUGUAAGAAGCAUAUUCAAAUUAAAGCAUAACUUAUUUUUCUACCUUCGUAUAAUAUAUAACUACUAGUACCUAAUAUGUCUGUUCAUGUAAUUAUCGGUUUCAGAAACCAAAAAACAAUUUAUCUAAAUUUUCGUUUCCCCUUUUUCAACUUGAACUAUUUCUAUCCCAACGUUGAGCGUUUUUAUCUAUUUAAAUCUUUUAAUUGAUUAAUUAAUGAGUCGUUUAAUUGAUGGUUAUUAUAUGUUUUAUUAUUCUUUCAAUAUUUUAAAUAUUGUGUGUUCGAGUCUUUAAUUUGUUAAAACUUGGGAAGUGCGUUGUUAUUCCGUUGUUCUCUUCCCAAGCCCGUUGUCAGUGUUGUGAAAAUAAUCGUUCAACUUGUUACUAUGAUUACUGUAUGAUGCACAUAAUGUGUGUGGUUGAAUUUUGUUCAACAUUUUCCCUGUUAGUAUUAAAUAUUAUCUCAUCCUGUUAUGAUAUCGCCUUCUAUAAAAUAUCACAAAAUAGCUAUAUAUUUUCAAAUCUAUUUCCUUAUGUUGUCAUUCUGAAAGAGUUGAUCUUGCUGGUUAAGAGUAAAUGUAUGGCAACAUUUGCCAAGUAUGGAUGUUCGGAGGUGAAAUAAAACUUUAAAAAAACUUA